GACAGCCAGUCAUCUAAUGUUACCAUGGUACUGUACAACACUUGGAUCUGUCCUGGCUUCUAUCAACAUAAAUCAGUACAACACUGUAUCAGCAGAUGCCCUCAAACUCAUCUCACUUGGUCUGAAUACAGAUGUUGCAUCAAGUAAACUGAAACUAGCUUCAAUCUUAUUCUGUGCUCAAGAAAUACAAAAAGCUGACCUGGUUCUCAGUGAGAUUGAAAGAAGAUAUGAUCUACAAAUUGUUGAGCCUGUCUGUAAUUGUCAUCAAUUUGAGAAGGAACCAAGAAAACAAGGAUUCAAUGAAUUAUGUGACAAUCAUAAUGAAGAAGUAUUACAGUAUACAACAGCAUUGUGUGUUAGAUUUCUGCCAUGUGAAAUUCACUGUGUUCCAUCUGAACUCGGAUAUGAAUUGUUUAGAUCUACACAAGAAGACAUAAUAUUUCGUACAGAAAGAGACAACAAAUGGAUGGAUUGUGCUACGGUGGAUUCCCUCCCUUACCUCUACUUUCUACAAUACAAAGUUAACAGCCAUUUAGGAAGACAUGACCAGAAACAAGCUGCCCUUUUCAAACUUAUCAGAACCAUAAAAAGAGGAACCAAACCUUGGACAUCGGGAAACAGCCCUCAAUAUUCUAGGAAAAUGCAUGGAACAAGAAGGUAGAACUGGAGAUGCUUUACAGUGUUAUUUGAUGUCACUUAAUGUAAGGGAAGAAACAAUGCUGCAAAGAUUCAUAUCACCACACUCUUAUCUGUAUUGAUAAAUGCAAGGACAAAAGAGGUAUUGGAAGCAUUACGUUGGAGAGACUGAACGGUAAUAAAAGUGUUGACCUUGAUAACACAGAUGAAAUGCCAGAUGACAAAUCAGUGCUGAAAUUGAAGGCCAAGAAGAAAGCCAAAGUGGUCAAAUUUUAGGGAAACUUAAUUUUUCGUUGGCUUAUUAUAUAUGAUAUUAUAGUAGAAAAAAUAAAAUAUAUAUAAUU